GGCCGCAGCGCCUCCUCCUCCUCCUCCUCCUUCUUCUCCCCUGUGCAGCCGGUCCGGGUCGGCAGCGGGCCUGCUGGUCACCUCAGAGGGCGGCUUCGCGUCCGCCAUGGCCCUCGGUUACGAUUAUGUGAGCGCCGACCAGCUGGCCGGGUUUGACAAGUACAAGUACAGUGCUUUGGACACCAAUCCCCUCUCUCUCUAUGUAAUGCACCCAUUUUGGAAUACUAUAGUGAAGAUUUUCCCUACGUGGCUGGCUCCAAAUCUGAUCACUUUUUCUGGUUUUCUGCUGCUUGUAUUCAAUUUCUUACUCAUGGCAUACUUUGACCCUGACUUCUAUGCAUCAGCUCCGGGUCAAAAGCAUGUACCUGAUUGGGUGUGGAUUGUUGUGGGCAUCCUCAAUUUCACAGCCUACACAUUAGAUGGUGUGGAUGGAAAGCAAGCUCGGAGAACCAAUUCCAGCACCCCCUUAGGAGAACUCUUUGAUCAUGGCCUAGAUAGCUGGGCCUGUGUUUACUUUGUAGUGACUGUGUACUCCAUUUUUGGCAGAGGAAGGACUGGCGUCAGUGUUUUUGUUCUCUAUCUCCUCUUAUGGGUGGUCUUGUUUUCUUUCAUCCUUUCCCACUGGGAAAAGUAUAACACAGGGAUUCUCUUUCUGCCCUGGGGAUAUGACAUGAGUCAGGUGACUAUUUCUAUUGUCUACAUAGUGACUGCGGUUGUGGGAGUUGAGGCCUGGUAUGAACCUUUCCUGUUUAAUUUCUUAUAUAGAGACCUAUUCACUACAAUGAUUAUUGGGUGUGCAGUAACUGUGACUCUACCAAUGAGUUUAUAUAAUUUUUGCAAAGCCUACAGAAAUAACACCUUGAAGUACAAUUCAGUCUACGAAAUGAUGCUUCCAUUUGUGUCUCCGUGUUUACUCUUCACUCUUUCUACAACCUGGAUUUUCUUAUCACCAUCCAGUAUUCUAGAGACUCAUCCUCGACUGUUCUACUUCAUGGUUGGAACAUUGUUUGCCAACAUAACAUGCCAGCUGAUUGUCUGUCAGAUGAGCAACACCCGGUGCCAACCUUUGAAUUGGUUGCUUAUGCCACUGGCCUUGGUCAUUCUUGUGGUACACUCAGGAUUAGCUCCGCACAGUGAAACCUUUCUUCUCUACUCAUUGACUGCUCUUGUUACUGUGGCACAUGUCUAUUAUGGGAUUCGAGUGGUAAACCAGCUCAGCAAGCACUUUAAGAUCCUGCCCUUUUCACUAAGGAAACCAAGUUCAGAUUGACUAGGCCUCGAAGAGGAGAAAAUCAGCCUGCAGUCUGCAGAACAACUGUAAAUAUGUUGACUGCUGUAGUUUGUAAAUACUUCAACCAUCACCACAGAACUAAAUCUAUCCAUUGGACGAACAAACUUGGGAACGAAAUAUGCCGGGGGCUCCAGACAUGGUCAGUUGGGACAGAGCAUAUGAUCAGGACUCCCCUCUGUCAACCAUGUCUCCUCCACUCCCCCUCAAAAAAUGUUUUUGAUGAAACCAGAUGACGGCGGUCUCCUUUUUAUGUUAAAAUAUGUUAUUAGACCAGCGAAUUCUUCCAGGGGCAUCCACUUACUAAUUUUUGUUCAGAAAUGGCCGUGAAUUUUUUUUGAAUCUUUUUUUCUUAAUGACAAGCUGGUUUAGCAUUCAUAAAACAGUGCGUUUUUAUAUUUAGUGACUUAAUGGGUUUUACUUAUCUGCAGAAUGAGUUGCAGUGGCUCCAAAUGUAACUGAAAGCUAAGUCACAGGAGCCGAUCACCUUCAGCAAAGGAUGCCAAAUUAUUCCCGAAGGACCGGAACCACAAGUCACUUGUACAGCUGCCAAUACUGGCUCCUCUUUCCCAUGGAAAUGCCUUGUCUUGAUGCUGUCUCAGCUGACAUUUGAUUGAUUCCUUGACAUCAUGCCACCUCUUUCCUCUGGAGUAGGUUGAGACAAAUGGUUUUAUAAUUUUUUUAAAAAAAAUUAUUUUGGGAUUGAUAACCAAGAAGUAUUUAAUUUUAUAAUUUAAGACAUUUUUAGUUGUAUCUUUCCCAGGUGCAAGCUGCUUGGAUACAGUUUUGAAAAGAGUUCUUGUGGACCACGUAUUAUAUGACUGCAUUUGACAUGCCUGAUUAUGAGACCACAUAUUUGCUUUCAGUGAGGAAUAGAGAUGAAGUAUCUUUUAGGAAAAAUUCAUUUUGGAUUUGCGAAAUAGGAUAGGUCAACCGCAAAUAUCCAGUGAGUCUUUUGAGACCUAUUGUGUGGAUUUUUGACUUCAGCUUAAUCUAUCAGGUAUACAUUAGGAAAUGUUUGCCCAUCCCCCUAUACAAGUUAGACAAGACAUGAAUGUAAUUUGCCUUAUUGGGCACGCGUAGCUCAGAGAUAGGGGAGUAUAGAGAAUAUUAUUUGGAUGUGUACAGGUGAAAUAAUUUUUUUCCAUAUAAUUGUUCCAACAAUUUGCAUUUCAGGUGUAUUUUUACCUUUUUGUAUUAAAACCUUUUUUCAGUUUUCCCUUUUUUCAGUUUGGUGGUGGUGAGGAUUUUACAUGCCGAUUUUCUUUAUCUUCCCAGUGAAUGAAGCUUGUGCUUGAAUGAAGAGUGCAUCUUAAACCCAUUUUUUUGGAAAAGUUGCACUUGGAGAGAAAGGGCACGACUGUGUUUAUAUGUAAUUAAACUUGGAAAAUCAUUUUAUCCAUAGAUAAUUUAGUCCAUCACUAGCUCAAUUGCAGUGUCCGUCUUCUGUGGGUUAUUAGAAGUGUGGAAUCCAGAGGCUCCCCCAUGACCUUAUCCUUUAAUUUCCAUUUGUGUGUAUAACACACAAAUGUGUUAUAUUUGUUAACAUAUAUAACAUGUAUAACAUAUAAAACAGAAGGGAACACUGCAUGGAAAGGAAACAAAUCAUUGCAGGAAAAUGUAGCUAGUGAUUCAUUGUUUUCAUCGUGGUGGUUGGAGAUCCUGAUUAGCUGAAAUUACGUUUGUUUCUUUUAUUUGAUCAUAUAUAUGUUGUCUGCUACCUGAAACGGAUAGGCUGAUGAUCUGGAAAUAGGAGGGCCUGGCUUUGCUUUGAGUUCAAUUAUUAGUUUACUGACAUUGUACAAAAAAAUUGCUAGCGGAGAGGAGUUGGAAAGUGCUUGAAUUAUCAGCCACUGUUUGUGUGUUGUUAUAUAGAAGCAGAUCGUUUGUGUAGAGGAAAUUGUAGAGUUGCAUAAAAUAUUACAUUGAAAAGUAGAACCGAUGAACUUGAAUACAAAGUGGGAAAGUCUGGAACGUAAUUGUUCUUUCCACUAAAUUGCAGAGCACCAGUGUGUUCCCUUAUCUGGUUUUUAAGGCAUGGAGCAUUUUAUGGUGUUUAGCUCAAAAAUGCAUCUUGAGUCUUUCCAAAAAUACAAAACUUUUAAAAAUUAUAUUGCGUUUUGCUUGUAAGGGACCUACUCCUGUAACAUUAAAAAAAAAACUCAUCAGUUCCAUGGGAAUUAGUGAUAAAGUGUUUUGACUGAUAGCAAGGUUAAAAGAAGCCUCAAGUCAAGAUGCAGUGAACUCACGAGUCUCCAUUGUUCUGCUGAUCUUUUCUCUGAUUACGGUCAGCCGUCCCUCUGGUUGGAAUCAAACCUUGGAAGACACCUAUUUAUUCUUUGUUCCUCAACAACUGAAGAGGAACCUAGUUGUAAAUAGCUUUGUGAUUGUACGCCAGCUUCCAAAGCUCGACUAACAUUUUUUCAACUUGCACAUGUUGUUUUAGGGACUGAUCAAAGUGGAAAUGUUCAAAUUUUCUCUCUCCAAUUUACCAUUGUCAGAAGCAUAAUCGCUAGUGCUAUCUGUUGGAAGUAAGGUUCUUCUCCACCAGUUUUCUGGGCCCUUCAGAAUUGAGUGCCUUAGCCUGGCCAGGGAUUUGCCCUUAAUCACUGAAACCUGGGCUUUGUGUCUUUUCUCCUUAUUAAGGUGACGUGGACACGCUGGCAGUUUCCUUCGAGUGAAUACGGCGGUUGUGUGCUAAUUUCACAACUCUCCCAUUUUGAUCUCAUGAAAGCAAUGUUGCAGGUGACUCCUGAAUUCCAACCUAUUUGUGUUUGGUAAAUACACACCCCAAGGGGAGUCAGGAGCAAAAGUCAGGCUGUGGUUGCUUUCUUGCUACAUAUGCUUUGCCAUUAAUUAACUAGUCAGGAGUACUUUUUGUGACCCUACUUUCCAAGUUGGUCAGGCAUCAACAAGGUUUUCCCUCUGCAUGCCAAACCAGGGGACAGGGACAGCCAUGGCUUAGGUCAGCAGUGAUGCCUCAUCAGUGAAAGCAUCCUGUAAUAGAAGCCAGUUGACAGAAAGUGGUGUGGUUUUUGGAAAGAUGGAAGCAAUCCCAGAAUGGGGUUGGCGGGGGGCGGUGGCAGCAUAAGAUUGGCUCCUAACUCCCUGAAUCACAGACGUUAUUACAAACUGGUCGGUUUUUCACAGAAUAGGGUAAUGAGGGUUAGGUGUACAGCACACAAGUUUUCCUUUUUGAAACAAGACGAUCCUUUUUUUUUUUCUUUUGAAAUUUUACCCAACACUCAAAAAGCAGAUUGUUCUAGGUAAUUGUAAACUGGAAUGGAAACUAAGCGAUUGGUUUCAAUUCUGAGAUUAUAUCAGUGUAAAUGGGGAAAACGAUGGUUUGGCCAAAAAGAGAAACUGGAAAGGAAUCAGUGUAGGGGGGGAAAUGUAUGAUAUAGGCUUUUCAUUAACUUUUGUGUUAAGUCUUUAGGAUUUUCUGUGAUCCACAGUGUUAGGAGUACUUAGGUGUUAUGUGAUGCAGGCUGCUUAGAUGCUCAGUUGAAAACAAACCAAAAAGAUUUCUUAGGUGGGCCACACCCUCUUGAACACACUUUGCAAUCUGAAAAUGGCCCUGAGUAGAGAGGGAAACAUCAGUAAUUUCUUUUUAAAUCAUAGGGAGGUGUUUUAACUACAAGACAUUGUUUUAGCUAGAAGCCUAAUCAAGCUCCUUGGUCUUUCAGAGGACCCUGUUCAUCUCCAUUUCCUGUGUCACCUUGAAGUUUAUCCGUGCCAAGCAGCCUUUUCUCCCUUUCCUCCCUCCCCUGCCCCCCUUCAAUGGCCAUUUUGAAGCGUUUCUUCUUAGGCCUUCCCGUUGGGCUUUAUCUCUUCAGCUAAAAGGCAGGUGUCCUGUGUAGGACGUUACACGGCCUAACGGCAACAGAGCAGGCCGGGCAUGUGGUGAACUCUUAUGGCUUUUGCUCCCAAGAGGAGCCAGUAGUUGAUCUAGAGGCUUUGAAUUUUGUGUUGACAGCCUGAACUGGAUUUUCAGGGAAAAUCCGAGAAAGGGGAGGGUGGCCGAUGAGGUGUGUUGUGUUGCAGAAAGUCUUUCUUGAACACCCCAUGGGAGAAUAGCCCUGCCAUAUUAAUCACAGUUGUCUAACAACAUGGGAGUGAAGAGUCUUAUGUGAAGGAAAACUCAGGUUACAGUUCCAGCCUUCCCCUUCCUGGCCAUUUCUUCCAGCACCACAUCCCGUUCUACCCAGACACAUGCUCUGUCAGAAGAACAUUCCUUAAUUCUCCAGAAGCGUUAACGUGUAAAGGAAAACAUGCUUUAUAUGAGAACUGACUGCAUUUAAGGCACUUUUGCAUGUGGUAUUUAAAAUGGACCCUCUUUAUGGUAAUACAGCUUUUGUCAAUUGUAUUAAUUGAAUGUGAACCGCUCUGCUUUUUAGGAAGCUUUGUUAAUUCUGUGAUUUUUUUUUUUUUCCUUUUUAAACUUUUUAAAUGAUGUGACCUCAGUGACUGCUUUCUACACCGAAAUGUUCAGUUUUGGUAAUGUGAUAUUAUGUAAUUGCUGAGAGGACAAUACAAUUAAUGGUUUUAAUGUGGGACUAAAAAUCAAUUGUGGCGGGGUGAUUAACUUAUCCCUUUAAGGGGGGCUUGUUAAGUCUUGGUGAAGAAGAGAUUCCUUGGUGAAGAAACUGGCAGUAUUUCCAUGAUGAAUGUUUUUUCUUCUCCUCUGGCUUAUGAUGGUAAAGUGCAGUGUUAAACAGAUAAUGGUGAGACCAGAUAAUUAGCCAGGAGAGGCUACUUUUUAGCACAAACUAUAAGCAAGUUACUGCUUGCAGUAGCCAAGGUGGUUGGACAGUCUAUCUGUCCAAAGGAGGCUGGUUAGCAUGAAUUGAUUAGCAUGUUAUAUUUGCUCAUUCUGCUUAGGAUGGGGAAGCACUGAAGGGGUGGGAUGAUAAAGGGGAAAAGGGUGUAAGCAUCUUGGCUGCAUCUGGAGUUCCUUGGCCUUUCAUUUUAGUGGCUUUGGAAAGGUGUUCAUACCAAAAUUUAGAGUUUUUUUUAUUGUUCACCUUGUACCAUUACUGGUCAUAAAUUCUGAAUGCUUCAGGGUGAAUUCACAAAUGGUUUCUGAAUCCUUGUCAAUAAUUAAAUAAGGUAAAUGGCAAAUAAGGACUUGGCUUGUAGAAGAUUUAGUUUCUUAAGGGAUCUCAACUGGGAAUGAUGGUGCUCAUCCCGCAAUUUCAGUCUGACUCGCUUGCUCCAUCGGAUCAGGUGCAGUCUGUUUUUGCGACCUGGAUAUUAUUCCCAGAUUAGGGCAGUGUGACAUAAUCCAUUCUCUUAGGCAAUAGUUGAUUCAUUCUUACAGCCUGGAGGAGAAGCCUUUCAGGGAUCUCUCUUAACACAAUCAGUUGCUCCUUUUUAAAUUGUGCCAAGAAAUCUGUUUGGGGCUAGACUCCAGAUUUCAAGGGUGAGCUGACAAAUUCCCUCUUUGGACAAGAGGAAAGGCGGUGAGCCCAUUUUACCUGCAUAAUGCCAAGAUGAAAUAUAACCUUCCCCUCUUCUGGUCCCACCCUUAGUCUGCAGGAACAGAUGCCAAGCUGGCAGCCAGCUAUCAAAUUAUUGAACACUAGUAAGCUCUCAAGAUGUGGGAAUGAGAAUAGGUGGCAAGCCAAUUGUUUUUGCUAUAGAAAUAGUCUGUUUUGAGCCAUCUAUAACAUGCUGUUUUUAACCACGAAGCAGUGUUAACUGUGUUUGGAAAGUAGUGGGAAAGAAGGUGGAAUCACUGCAUGACAAUGAACAGUACAACUCUGGUUUUUCUUUUAAAAGGCAGUUUGCAGAGCUAGUGGUGUAACAUGGCUACUGAUUAGCCCGGCAGCACCAAUACUAUCCAGACAAGUUGAUGCAGCAUUUUUGUGUAUUAUUAUUGGGCUAUUUAUAGGGGUAUGUACAUACAUGAUAUAUAUGUAUAUGUAUGUUUCUACUAUAUUAAUGUAGAAUGGAUGUUGACUCAGAAGCCUCUGAGCGUGUGCAGAAGAGUCUGAUCAAGGUAACAUCCCGGGCUAGUGAGUGGCACCCCCUGCCACUCCUCCCCGACAUUCCCCUGGGCUGUCACCUCCACCUCUGAUAUUCCCUGUCAUGUGACGUGGGACUUUAUGGGAUAUGUGUACCAUCCACACAUAUUCAUAUUUAUUGAUCUCAUCACUGGAUUCUUAGAAGCCCUUACGUUUCAUCAAGAUCCCUGUUCUUGCUGCUAAGAACCUAAAGGUUCCGCGGUGGGUUUUAAUUGCAAACUGUUGACUGCUAUUGUCAGUAAAUAUUUAUUGUAAAAAAUAAAAGCGAACGGUAAAUAAAAUUUUCAAAGUCUUUUAA